AUGUCCUACAAGAGAACGAAUGUAAUUACUGAACCAAUGAUAUUCAAAAAAUUAUGUAUAGGGUAUCUAGAUAGACCUACAAGUAAUCAAAUCACUGUGACUUUGAUUCAUGGGACGGAAAGAGGUUUUAUAGUUAAGAGAAAAUCCCAGGAGACCGAUUUUAUGGGCAAUUGUAUAAAGCCUACCGAUCCUCUGGUUGACUCUCUUCCAAAAGGCAUCAAUGUCGACACCACAGCGAUCAAAGAAUCAGGAUUACCGAUCAUUUUCGUGAUUGGAGGGCCAGGAGCUGGAAAAAGAACCCUGUGCAACAAGGUGGCAGAGAAAUACGGUUUCGAAGACAUAAUAUGCGCGGAUGUGUUACGAAGCGAGGUGUCCAGGAGAACGGAUAAAGCCUUCGCGUUGGCGCGUUUAAUAUCGAGGGGUCAACUGGUUCCAUCGGACAUAUUAGUGGAAUUGAUUGCGAUAAGGAUGCUGGAGCAAUUAAACGUGAAGAAAGGGUUCAUCGUGGCAGGUUUUCCACGGCAGAAGACACAGGGCCAAUUGUUCGACAAAGAAGUGCGACCGCCCGAUCUCGUUCUGUUUCUGAACGUUCGAAACUCGGUUAUGAGCGACCGGAUAAUGGCCAGAUACGUGAUAGCCACCGAGAGAUUGCUGAUUAAUUUCGAUUACAUCAAGUGUCAGAUCAAGGAUUUCCAUAAACGGAACAAAUCGAUUCUCAAGUACUACAGCAAGCUUUUGGUGGCCAUCGACGCUGAGCAUGACGCAAUGACCGUGUUUAAAAACGCGUGCGAGGUUAUCGAUAAGGUUUUAGCCAAUUUUCCAGCCUAUCAAACGAGCAUGCCAGCGACAUCCGCCGAUGUCGGUCCCAUAGCUCCGCAAUAA